UGCGCUCAUCCGUUCUGCUGGCUGAGGGCUGAGAGAGGAGCGCUCAGGAGGAGAGUGUUUGGGAAACCAGCGACACGCCGCUGCUGUUUUCUCCAGAAGGGGAAAAAAAACGAAAUGUCAGGAGCUGCUUUUCCUUUUGGCAACGCUCCUUCUCAUUCCCGUUUACUUCCCCUGUCUCUGUACAUACCGUGUCUGUCCGAUGACUUCUCUCUUUGACUCACUCCAACCCUGCUUCUUCAGCUGGCUGAGUGCGCUGACACUGGGACCACUACCUGCUGCCUGGGGAUUAAGCGCGCUAUGAAUACCCGGAGCCUGAUUUGUUGUUUUGGCUGCCAGUGAAUGUUGGAACCCCACUGAGGAGAAGCUGGUGCAAUAAAUCGUUGCGUCCAGGACACUGGGAGCGCCUCUGGAGUAAGACAACCCAGUGAAAAAGGGACUGGAUGCUUGAGGAAGCACAUAAAAGAGAGACGACAAACCAGAGAAAGAAAGGAAAGACUGGACAAGUUCUUUCCUGAAAGGAAAAAAAAUAGAGGGAGCUAAAUCAACCUAAGCCUUACAAGGAUCAGGACGCAAUGAGAACCUUUUCCUCUCAUUAUUUGGUUGGGAUUCCCUGUCAGGAGGCUGACACAAGGGAAGAAAGCCCAACAAAUCUCCGCCUCGAGCUUCUUGGUUGAUUUCUGAUCACACACAGGUUUUUCUCCCUUUCUUUCCAUGAGUGUAUUCAUUUAGAGUCUCUCUGUGUUGUGCUGCUCAUCCGUAGCUGCUUGGGAUAGAAGACAGCUCUGCACUGACAGGCUGAGUGGGGAUUGCGAUCGUUCUCCUCUCCCAACUUUUUGUCCCUUCUCCGCCACUUCUUCUGACCUGCUUACGGCCCCAGCCAACCAAAAGAGUGGGGGGCAGCUGCUUACCCACUCCAUGAGACCGGCCGGGAAUAAAGGUUAUUGAACCGAGGAGCAGUGGCAGGCGCGCAGGAGAAAAGGGGAGGAAAAACAAACCUUCUCCGUGAACCCAAGAGCAUAUGGUUUGGCGAGAGGCAGCCAGCUGCUUUCCGGCCAUCCUGCUAAUCACGCUACAACAGAUACAAGUUGCUCUAGUGACGGUGUCAGGUUCGGACGGAUCUUACGUGCCCUGGUCGUAUAUCUCUUGACCGUGACACAAGCUCCCAGAUCAUAAACCAAAGGAGCCAGUCCGGUGGAUACAAAGAAGCAGUUGUGUUGCGUUAGAGGCACGUUGGGCAAAUCAUUGCUCAGGAGAACAGCGAACCCUCAUUGCCCUAACAGGCAACAGCCACAGGGAUCCUAAAAAAGAUGCUCGGAUCUCACCUCUUAGGGAAAUACUUGUGACACGUGUUGUUGGUGAGCAGCAGACUUUGGCUGGGUUUGUAAAGGCUUUUGAUGAGGAAGACCCCUUUCACGUCCAUCUAAUUACCAGUCAGGGUCUCUGGAAAGAAAGGAGGGGAUUCCUUUUGUGGAUUUACUGCUGAUCUACUUGGAAGUUUUCCGUGUGGAUAUUUGACAGUCCAAGACACCCACAUCCUAACACACACAUUUCUGACUUAGGUGCAUCUCAGGCACAUUUAUGCCAAAAGCGCACUGACACACAUUUACAAACACACUAUCACCACCCACUUAAAUCCACACACACGUUCGCACUGUAAGUAUAAACCACUUCACAGCACACACAUACGCACAGUGAAAGCCCAUUAGUUUGUCUUUUUCCUAGCGGGCACAGCAGAAUGGAGGUCGUGUGGACAGGUGGGGGGCUGUAGCAGUCCAACAUCCCUGUCCUCCCUGUCUGUCCUCUUUCUCCAAAUGGAUGUUAUUAUCUCUAAAAAUGUGUUGCUUGGAAACCGCUGAAAGCUUGCUGCUGCGAUUCUCUGACAGAAACAGUCACCGGGUCUCUGCAACGGUGCACAGCUGGAACCGCAGCUGAAAUACAAACCAUUACGCAUAUUUUUUUGCUUUUUAUUUUAUCUUCAUCUUCAUCCUCUGCCCUAACCCCACCGCCAUCAUUUUUUCCAACGGGUCUUUGGGCACCCCUCGUCGCCCUCCUCGUCCCAUCAUCUCCUCCACCCUGGAGGGGAGGGGGUCAUUGGAGUGGAGCAUGAGUGGGUGCCACUAUCCCUCGCCACCACCACCGGAGCAGGACCGUAGGUACCAGCACAAGGUGUCACUGGUGGUGCGCUACUUCAUGAUCCCCUGCAACAUCUGUCUGAUCCUGCUGGCCACAUCUACACUGGGCUUCGCCGUGCUCCUGUUCCUCAACAACUACAAACCUCCUCACUUCACACCAGCUCAGCCUCCUGAUGGCUGCAGAGGGAUGCUUUGUGGCUUUGGCGCUGUAUGUGAGCGUGACCAGACUGACCCAUCCAAGGCAGAGUGUAUGUGCAAGAGAAUGGAAUGUCCAUCCUUGGUGGCGCCUGUUUGCGGCUCGGAUGCGUCCACCUACAGCAACGAGUGCGAGCUGGAGAAAUCUCAGUGCACCUCACAGCGACGCAUCAAGGUGCUGCGCAAGGGACCCUGCUCUCUGAAGGACCCCUGCACUGAGGUGACCUGCAGCUACGGCAGCACCUGUGUCCAGUCGUCAGAUGGCUUGUCAGCUAAAUGCAUGUGCCCCCUGGGCUGCGAGGGCAAGCCCGAGCAGACAGUGUGCGGCAGUGAUGGAAAGGACUACCGCAACGAGUGUGAGCUCCAUCAGCACGCCUGCAAGAACCAGAAGAACAUACGAGUGCAAUACCAAGGGCACUGCGACCCGUGUAAAGACAGUGAGAACAGCCUGAACAUGUUGUGCCAGGUUACGGCUCUCUCCCGCGAGCCCCUCCUCUAUAACCGGCCGGAUUCGUGCCCCCAGGAUAAUGAGCCUCUGUGUGCCAGUGACGGCCAAUCCUACUCCAACGAGUGUGUCAUGAUGUCAACGGGCAGGCAGAAAGGCAUCAAGCUAAGGAAGAUCCACGCAGGGCGUUGCAGAAGGCUGGAGGACUGUAAGGAGGACUGUCUCUUCAACGCUGUGUGUCUAGUGGAACAGCUGAGCGCCCGCUGCUCCUGCGAUCCCAUCGAGUGCGACGGCACCUACAAGCCCUUGUGCGGCAAAGACGGCCACACCUACCCCAACGACUGUGUUCGACGCAAGACCGAGUGCCUGAGCAGGACCUUCAUUCUCAUCAAGCACCCAGGGCCCUGUGAUCUCAGCAUACCGAGCCCCUGCUUGGACAAGGUGUGCGAUCAUGGGGCAGUGUGCGUGGUCAAGAAUGACGAGCCAGUGUGCGAGUGCCCAGAGGCCUGCCCCCAAACAUCCGACCCAGUGUGCGGCUCCGACGGCCACAGCUACGGCAGUCCCUGCGAGAUGCGAGCAAUGGGUUGUGCCCUGCAAAGGACCAUUCACAUCCAACACAAAGGACCCUGUGAUGAGGCAUGUGGCAACUGCUCUUUCGGGGCGAUCUGCGAUGCCCAGAGCGGGCAAUGUGUGUGUGCAUCGGAGUGUGUGGAGUCCCACCAGCCUGUGUGCGGAAGUGAUGGCACCACCUACAACAGCGAGUGUGAGCUGCAUGUCCGGGCCUGCAAAGAACAGAUGGACCUCCGAGUGGUCAACCAGGGAGAGUGCAAAACAUGCGGCAUCACCGUUUGUGCCUGGGGUGCUCGGUGUGUCCAGAAUAAGUGUGAGUGCCCACAGUGCUUGGGCGAGGCCCUCUCCACGGUGUGUGGAAGCGAUGGCACCACCUACAACAACGAGUGUGAACUCCGCAUGUCCUCCUGCAUGCAGAAGAGGAGAAUUGAUGUGGUGAAGCCCGGCAGCUGCGACGAAGAAUGUGGCUCAGGAGGGUCCGGCUCAGGCGUGGAGAGCUGUGAACAGGACCGCUGUCGCACAUUUGGAGGCUCGUGGGACGAGGAUGCAGAGGACGACCGCUGUGUCUGUGACUUCACCUGCCAAAGUGUGCCUCACAACACGGUUUGUGGCUCAGACGGGAAAAACUACAGCAACGAGUGCGAGCUGAAGAAGGCCAGAUGUGAGAAACAAGAGCACUUGUUGAUUCAGAAUCAGGGACCCUGUGCAGCGAUUACAGCCACAUCUCCGCCUGAGCUGACAGCUCCCCAGCACUGCAGUCUGUCUGUGUACGGCUGCUGCCACGACAACUUGACGGCCGCCUUAGGAGUCGGACUGGCUGGAUGUCCCAGUACCUGUCAGUGUAAUGUCUACGGCUCCUACAAACGGACGUGUGAUCCAGCCACCGGCCAGUGCUCCUGUAAGCCAGGUGUCGGGGGACAGAAGUGCGACCGCUGCGAGCCGGGCUUCUGGAACUUCCGUGGCAUUGUGACCGAGAACAUGAGCGGCUGCACGCCGUGCAACUGCGACGCCACAGGCUCCGUCCGGGACGACUGCGAGCAGAUGUCGGGUCUGUGUUCCUGCAAGACGGGAGUGAAGGGCAUGAAGUGUAACGUGUGUCCAGAUGGAAGCAAGAUGGGCAUGAACGGUUGCGACAAAGGUCCUGAGGCUCCGACUUCAUGCGAAGAGUUAGUGUGCAGUUUUGGAGCUUCUUGCAUUGAGAUGAACGGCCAAGCCCACUGCGAGUGCCCCUCACCUGACUGUGAUGAAAAAAACAAGAGCAAGGUGUGCGGCUCAGAUGGGGUGACCUAUGCCGACCAGUGCCAGCUGAGGACCAUAGCCUGUAGGCAGGACAAGGACAUCACAGUGCAACAUUUUGGACAGUGCACAGAAACCAUCUCUGAGCCGGCAGACCGACCCACCCCCAACCCCUCCGCCACCCCCCCCAGCUCAACCGCUGGCGCCACCAUCACCACCCCCGCCCCCUUCGACCGUAACAGGGUGUGGGGCAUCCCGCCUCCGAGGACAGCCGAGACAGUGACCAUUGAGCGGCCCCCAGCCACCACCCCCUAUCCCACCCUCAUCCACAACCACCCCAUCCACACCCAGCCUCAGCCGCAGUCCACGCCCGCUGCCGCCACCACCCCCUCCUCUCGCAGCAGCAGCCCUACCCCUUCGGCCGCUGCGGCCUCCUUCGAGGGCUCGGGCAGCGGGGAUCCAAGCGGGGACGACCAGACUGAAGAAGAGGAGGAGCUAGAAGAGGAAGCGGGUAGCGGCAUCCCAACAGAGGCCAGUGGGGCAGAGGAGCCUGUCGGUCCCACAGUAGCAAGCACCACUGUACCCACAGCUGAGGACAGGUCAUCCUGUGACAACAAGGAGUUCGGCUGCUGCCCCGACGGCAAGACCCCAGCCAGCACUCCAGAUGGCGCCAACUGCCCCUCCACCAUGAGGUUCAGCGGUUUCCUGCACUUGGACCAGGUGGAGGGCCAGGAGAUUUUCUACACCCCCGAGAUGGAGGACCCCAAGUCGGAGCUGUUUGGAGAGACGGCCCGCAGCAUAGAGAGUGCUCUCAACGAGUUGUUCAGGAAGUCGGAAGUGCACAAAGACUUUAUGAGCGUUCGUGUCCGUAACCUGGCCCCGAGCAACUCCAUCCUGGCCUUUGUGGAGGCCCACUUCAAACCAGAUACAAAAUACUCGGUGGAGGACAUCGAAGGAUCCCUGCUGAAGCAGCUGAAGGCCUCCAAAGACACCAGCAUCGCCGUGAAGAAGCCGGAGGACGAGAAUAUUCGCUUCACCAAUUAUGGCCUCUCUUCCAUCCCCUUCUUCACCACCACUACCACCACCACGGCGUCGGUCACCACAGCUGCUCCCACCACCACAACCACCAGGCUCCCCCCAACCUCCGCUUACAUCACCCGCCGACCGCCAGGCACUACCCGCAGGCCUUACAGCAGCAGACGCACCACCACAACCUCAGUGCCAGUCACCACACCGCUACCCACCACCACCACCACGGCAGCUGUCACCACCACCACGCUGCCUCCAGCCACCACCAUCGCCCAUGUCAGGGGCAAACUUCACCACAAGACCCAGAAGCCCUGCAGCUCCCACCCCUGCCUCCACGGGGGCACCUGCGAGGAUGACGGCACUGACUUCAGUUGCAAGUGCCCCGCCGGGCGAGGAGGCUCUGUGUGUGAGAAGGUGAUCAAGUACUUCAUCCCGUCAUUUGGUGGCCAGUCGUACUUGGCUUUCCAAACAAUGAGUGCCUACCACACAGUCCGCAUUGCCAUGGAGUUCAGAGCGUCCGAGAUGACUGGCAUCCUGCUCUACAACGGCCAGGAUGGCAAGAAGGACUUCAUCUCUCUGGCUCUGGUCAACGGCAGGGUGGAGCUCAGGUUCAACACAGGUUCGGGCACAGGCACAGUGGUCAGCAAAGUACAAAUCAAUCAGGGACGCUGGCACCAGCUGGUGGUCACUCGCAACCGUCGCAACGCCAUGCUCAGCGUGGACAACGAGUCGCUCAUCGAGGGCGAGAGUCCACGCGGCACAGACGGCCUCAACCUUGACACCGACCUGUUCAUCGGGGGAGUGACGGAGGAAAUGAAGCCGGAUGUAAAGGAAAGGACGGCAGUAGCCACAGGCCUGGUGGGAUGCAUCCGCAUGCUGGAUGUCAACAACCGGGUGCUCAACCUGCAGGAGAACGGCGGCGACAGUCUGUAUGGCAGCGGUGUGGGUGAAUGCGGCAACAACCCCUGUCAGCCAAAUCCCUGCAAGAACGGUGCUGCAUGCCAGGCCAAGGAGGCAGAGAUGUUCCACUGCAAGUGCAGCAAAGGAUUCUGGGGUCCAACUUGUGCUGACGUCCAUGAUCCAUGCGAGCCCAACAGGUGCCAUCCAUCCUCCCAGUGCCAGGCGCUGCCCGAGGGAGGCUACAAAUGCGAGUGCCCCAUGGGACGUGAAGGGCGGCACUGCGAAACAGUGGCUGAGAGGAGAGGGGCUUACAUGCCACUAUUCAGCGGAGACUCUUACGUGGAGCUGAAGGGACUCCAUCUCUACGGGCACGACCUGCGUCAAAAGCUCAGCAUGACAGUGAUCCUCAUGGCCAAUGACUCCAACGGUUUGAUCUUCUACAACGGCCAAAAAUCGGACGGAAAAGGAGACUUCAUCUCACUGUCCCUCAAUGACGGGAUCCUGGAGUUCCGCUACGACCUGGGGAAGGGACCCGCUACCAUCAGGAGUAAGGACCCAAUCCAGCUGAACGUGUGGAACACCAUCAACCUGGAGCGUUCCAACCGCAAAGGAGAGAUCAUGGUGAACAAGAAGGACCCUGUCCGAGGGGAGGCACCGAAAUCACGCAAGAACCUGCACGUAGAUCUUAACCUGAAAGAGUCUCUUUUUGUCGGCGGAGCUCCCGAUUACAGCCGGCUCGCAAGAGUCGCUGCACUUACUGAUGGCUUCAAGGGAACAAUCCAAAAGAUCAUUCUGAUGGGUACCCCCAUCCUCAGAGAGGAGAAUGCCAUGCGCUCCAUCAACAUAGCCAUGUUCCAGAGCCACCUGUGUUCCCAGGAGCCCUGCCACAAUGGCGGCCGCUGCAACCCCCAACUGGACACCUACGAAUGCGUUUGCCUCAAUGGUUUCUCAGGGGGACACUGUCAGAACACCAUCUAUGAGAAGUCUGCUGGAGAGACCGAGGCCAUCGCCUUUGACGGGCGGACGUUCAUUGAGUACCACAACGCCGUUACAAGGAGCCAACUGACCAAUGAGAUCCCAGAUCCCGAGUCUCUGGAGAACCCAUCUGACCAGAGUGAGAAGGCUCUGCUGGUGAACAAGUUUGAGCUGAGCAUCCGGACGGAGGCGACCCAGGGCCUGGUGCUGUGGAGCGGGAAGGGUGUGGAGCGCUCUGACUACAUUGCCCUGGCCAUCGUGGACGGACAUGUCCAGAUGACGUACGACUUGGGCUCCAAGCCCGUGGUGCUGCGCUCCUCGGUGCGUGUCGACACCAACCGCUGGAUACGCAUCAAGGCCAGCAGAGCACUUAGAGACGGCUCUCUACAGGUUGGCAAUGAGGCAGCGGUAACAGGGUCAUCGCCUUUGGCAGCAACACAGCUGGACACAGACGGAGCACUCUGGUUGGGUGGUCUGGAGGAGCUGGCGGUGGCCCGUCGGUUGCCCAAGGCCUACAGCACCGGCUUUGUUGGCUGCAUCAAGGACGUGGUGGUGGACGGCGUGGAGCUCCACCUGGUGGAGGACGCCUUAAACAGCCCCCAAAUAUUACACUGUUCCGCCGCCAAAUAACUCGGCAGAGACAAAAUGUUGAGAAAAACGGAAAAAAAGAAACCCUCCCACCCACUCCCUCCAUAGCGCCCAUGUCUCCUGCUGUAAUUAUUUUCUAUUUUUGUAUACUUUUCAUCGCUUUUUAUAUGGAAAGAAAAUUAAUGUCGUUUUAAUUUUUGUUUUAUAUAUUUUGUUCUUUUUUUUUAAAUCUGCACCUCUGUUCACAGAACACACUUUUUCUUUUUCUUUUCUGCUCCGGCCCUUCAUCUUUUUCAAACAGCAGGCGUCUCUGGGAAAAAGAGACACUUAUCCUCGUCAGUUUUGUUGUUUUAAAACAAACGGCAACUUAAAAAAAAAAAAAAAAAAGCCUGCUCCUUUUCCUCGCUCAUUACUUGAACACUGGUGGACCUCGCUGAUGAUCUCUGGUUACUGCCUUGUCUUGGUGCCAUAUCUAUCGUCCACAUUCCCCAAGCAUGGCCUAUACAUCCAUGAAUAUAUAGACGUACAUUCCCCCGUGAGAGCUGGACACAGUGUGCGCUGCAGCCGGUGUGUGCGCUUCUUUGACGCUGCAGCCAGCUGGCGUCUCCAGUCAAGGAACUCUGUAUUCAGCCCCGGUAGCCCACUGUAUUUUCCUAAUGGGACUUUUCAGAUAUCAGUCAAGCUGCUACAGUGAGAAAGUACACAGUCGAAACCACUCGAUCAACCCCCAUCUCACAGCGCCAAAAAAAGAAAGAAAAAACUCUCCACUCAAUCUGAAUCCCAUCAGAGCCUUUAGUUUUGAAAUAUGACUCACUAACAUUGCAACCCGACAUGAUGGAGACGGAGAGAGCGCUGUGUUCCACAAUGACUCGCAUAUCAUUAGUCAUAAGUCAAGAAAUGAAUCAUAGACAUGAAUAAAUGUUAUAAAUAUAGAGUAUAUAAAUAAUACCUGAGACUGUGAAUAUGUAAGAUGGGUUCUCUUUGGAGAAUUGUGCUUCUCAUGUACUAUUGUGCGUUCUGUUUUACAAUCAGCAGAUUAACUAAUGAUGACCACUAUAAAUGCAUGCACUUCUGCAGUGUUGGUUUGAAUCUGGUUUUUGUUUUUUUUUUGUUCACUUUUGUUCCACAAAAAAAACAAACGUUUUAAUUUGGAAAAUGUCACUGUUUGGGGGUUUGUUUGUUUUUGACUAUAAAAUGGUUCCUUUUUUCUCUCGUAUUUCCACUGAUGUGAUUUCAGAAACUACAGCGCUCAGAAUAAUGUUUUAUAUUUGUUCAUUCCCUGUGUCUUAUUUUUUGGUCUUUUUUAUUUUUCUUGGAAGCUGUUAGUUUUGCAGGACCUUGAAUGGUGCAUAAGGGGGAAGAGUUGUUACCAUAUCUGACCUUAAGGAGGCGCUGAAAGCAAAGACUGAAGAAAUGGACAGACAUAAAGGAGGACAGAUCUUAUCAUGGGGAGAGCUACUACUCUUGGGAAUGUCCUGUCAGACAACAGUCAGUUGCAACACAAACAAAAAAGCUUAAAAACAACAACAACUGAGACUUAAUUUCUUUUUUCGUAUUUGACCAAGGAGCAUUCCCGGAGGAGUGUCUAUUCGGCUGUUGAAAGAAAGAGAGAGAGAGAGAGAGAGAGAGAGAGAGACUGUGAUGUUGUUGUGACCUUUUGAAGCCAUAACAGCUGCAAAAAUGGGAAAAGAUGCAUAAUCCUACAGUACUUGCAAAUUAACAUAGUGACGCAUGGGUUUGUAUUACUAGUGCGAAUUCUGUAACAUUCAGUGAACUGAUGCAACGUGGAGUCGUCCUUGCUGAACCACAAUAAGCUGCGAUGACUGACUUAAAGACACUUGUUUUGAUAUGAGAACCUUGGCAAUAUUCUGAGACAAAAUCAUGCUUGUUCGUGGUUGAGUAUCAAAUGGUCUUGUACUAUUUUUUUUUUUUCUUCUUCCUUUAAUUAUGUUUUCCUUCUUAAAUCAUCAACAACCUGUUUUUGUACAGCCCUGCAAUUUUUAAGUGUAAAUUUAGCAAAUGUGUGAUCUGUGGAGGUUUAUGUUUUUAGUAAUAUACACUGGAACCAUGUCUGACUUGUCUGUUCGCCCACACGAUUAUAUACUUAUGUACAUGGGGGAGGGAGAGCCCUGAAGCUAUAACUGUGUUGUUGGGUGUGAUCAAGCUCUGAGAGUCCACACCAGACCAGGAAACUCUUUUCUGGUGUCCCAAUACACGUUUAAAAUUCCAGCACCAACUCUGUUAACUAUAGACUUGUCUUAAUUUUACCCUACUGUUCUUUGAAUUUGAUCCAUUCAGGUGGUAACGCUCAAUAAAGGAGAGAUUCCUGUGUAUUUGGAUGGACUCAAGAACAAUAAAUACAGCUGCAGUCUAUGGUUUGGGUGGAAACUAUGAAUUGCCUUAAAAACUGGUCACCUCCACUCUAAGCAGGUGACAAAUACGUCAUCCAUAUAACCGUUUCCUUACUUUAACCAGUGUAUUAGCCUCAUCCCCAUAAUGUAAAUGAGUAAUACAUAAUAAUAAUGAUAAUUAUAUUAGUAAUAAUGCUCAUACACAAAAAAAAAUCCCAGGGGGCCUCUGCAAAUGUCCCCUCUGGCUUUUUACAAAAAAUCUUCUAUUUACUGUUUUUUGAAUCUAUUUUCUGUUCCUUAUUUAUGUCUACAUGUGGAUUACCCUCCAUGUCUGGCCUCUGUAAACUACUGUCUGACUGCGCAAACCUCCUCAAAGGGCAGUGCACCAAGUGAGAGUGGCAUGACCUUGAACAUUACUAACUUUAUGACCUUUGUCUUGUGUUCCUACCACCAUGAAAUAAAAUGUCAACCAAAUGGA